AUGGCCACCGCAUACCGCUGCCUCUCCCUGCUUCUCCUAUCCACUUGGAUGGCUCUGUUGCUGCAGCCCCUGCAGGGUUCCUGGGGAGCCCCACUGGAGCCAAUGUACCCAGGGGACUACGCUACACCUGAGCAGAUGGCCCAAUAUGCAACUCAGCUCCGCAGAUACAUCAACACACAAACCAGGCCUAGGUAUGGGAAAAGAGACGAGGUGAACACAGCUGGACUUGCUAGAAUGCAGCUUCCCCCAUGCACCAGCCCCCUGGUUGGUUUGAUUCCUUGCUCGGCUCCCAGGAGCUAAGGGAAGGGAGUUCAGCCCAAUACACCUGUAGUAUCCUACCUAUUUCCUGUCUGUGGCUGUAGGACAGUCCCGGCCCAGCUGCUUCCUCUGCAUUCUUUCAACAACCUGCUCCCUUACAAACUAAAUAAAGC